CAGACCGUCAUCAUGACUAACCAAGCUUAGGCCCUAAUCAACACUUCUUCCACGCCCCAGAGGUCGAAGGGAGGAGAAAGAAGCUGCCAUGGGGAGAGCUCCGUGCUGUGACAAAGCUAGCGUGAAGAAGGGUCCAUGGUCGCCGGAGGAGGACGCCAAGCUCAAGUCCUACAUCGAGCAGAAUGGCACCGGCGGCAACUGGAUAGCGCUGCCGCAGAAGAUAGGGCUGAAGAGGUGCGGCAAGAGCUGCCGCCUCCGGUGGCUGAACUACCUCCGGCCAAACAUCAAGCACGGAGGAUUCUCGGAGGAGGAGGACAAGAUAAUCCUUAGCCUCUACAUCAGCAUAGGCAGCAGGUGGUCGAUAAUAGCGGCGCAGCUGCCGGGAAGGACGGAUAAUGACAUAAAGAACUACUGGAACACGAGGCUCAAGAAGAAGCUCUUCGGCAAGCAGUCCCGCAAGGAUCAGAGGCAGCAGCAGCAAUUCAUGCGCCAGGCGACGGCAAGCGAUGGGAUGAAGCAAGAAGCGGCGACCGGGGAUGCGAACGGAAGCAGCGGCGUGCCGGCAGUUGCUUACAACUGGCACCAACAAGCCAUUACAGGGGCGGUGCCACCAGUGCCAGGUAUUAUGAUGGAAGGCCAUCGCAUAGGAGAUGAGGUAGAUGAGUCAAUCCGGAAGCUUCUUUACAAACUAGGUGGAGCAGGCCCUUUUGCAACUCUGCCAGUUCCUCAGUGCGUUCCUCCAAUGUACGAGGGAAGUCCAAGCCUCAUGCCGCCAUCAUGCACGGUAGACACCACUUCCCUCAGCGAAGGCGGUGUGCAAGGUUCCAGCACACUGCCGGCGCUGGAACUGGACCAGAACUUCCACUUUAAUCAGGUUAAGCUGGAUGGUCUGGAUUGCUUCUUUGGUAUGAGUACGGAUCAGAGCAUGAGGUGGAAUGAGGUGAUCCCAUUGGUUUGCCCUAAUAAUACUGUGGCUUCCAGCUCCCAAGGGAUGCAGCAGUAUUGUCUUGUUGACGAACCGGCGAACCUUGGUAUGAAGUAGCCAUUGGUUUAUGUUUUAAUGUACAUGCAUAAUUGUGGUGUAAAUUUGUACUAGCAUUCAUUGGGAAUGGUGAAAGAUGAGAGUUUCUUUGAAUUAACAGCAAUAGGGUCUCUCACCACUCCUAAAUGAGAGAGAUGCCUGAUUUUCAGGUGUUUUUCUAUGAGUUUCUUGAAAUGGAAAUUUCCUCUACUCGGCUUACUGCCUUACAGAAAUAUU